AUGGUCAACUUCGAAGAUAAUUACCGAAAACGAAGGUACAACAUGGGAGUACUGGCUAAAGCCUAUGCUUAUGAUGACCUCGAUGAAGAGGAGCUGGCGUGUAUUGCCAAGCAGGAAAUCGUGGUCCAGAACAUGGAGGCCAACAUGAGAGACAUCGCCGCACACUUCCCUGGCUAUGCACCCUUUGCCGACCUCGGGGAAGGAACAGCGCAGCAGGUGGGAGACUUGCUUGGUCCGGCCGACGGAGGCAAGCACCAGCCCAUGCAAGUCAAGGGGAAAGAGAAGCCGGUUCUGGGAGGUAACUCUCAGCCCGCACCGAAGAAGCCAGUUCUGGAAGGUAACUCCCAGAUAGUGGAGGAGGAGAAGACACUCGGAGGCAACUCUGAAUCUGUCAAAGAGAAAGCUAUACUCGCAGGUGACUGUGAGCUGGAAGUGGAGGAGGUUGGAGGCCAUUCUGCGCCGAUGGGGCAGCAGAAUCAAGGUGAUAACCGUGCGCCCAGUGAGAAGACAAGGCGAUGGAUUCAAGGCAUCGUAGCCCUGAGGAAACAAAAGUAUCUCAGGCGGCAGCAUAAGGAGCAGAUGCGCAUUGCCGCUCUGGCUCGAGAGCUGAACAACUGA